GAAAACCAUGGUAUUUAAGAAAUAAGAAAUUUAUUCAAACAAUCAUUCACCUGUAUCUUUUGGUGAGCUCGUACAUGCAUCCUUAAACUGUUUAAAGAAUUAACGUUAACAAAUUAAGAUAGAAGUCAUUAUGACAGCAAUCAAAACAACUUCUGCUGUCCUUGUAAAAUGUUUAUUAUGUUUGCUCAUUACUGUCAAUCUUGUAAAUGGUUUUUCUAAAGACAGCACCUGUGGUGGGACACAUGGAUGCUUUGGAGACUGUGAUGGAGGUUGCUCCUUCUUACUGACUUGGAUGUCUUCCGGUUCCGGUGUUUCUUUUAAGAUGAAAGCCUCGUUAUCGUCUAGUGCUGAUCAAUGGGCAGGUUUUGGAAUAUCAACAUCAGCAUCGAUGCAAAAUGCCAGUGUGUCAGCAUGCCUUAUGACAAGUGGUUCGUUGGCUCCAGAGAAUUCUUAUAAUGCUGCAUCAGGAAAUGCAAAUUCGGCUGUAUCAAAUCCAACACUUGGUUUGUCAGGUUUAUCGGCAGAUUUUACCAACAACAUUAUGACAUGUGAGUUGACAAGAAGCAACACGAACGCUGAUCCUGAGGUUUUUGACCUUACUACUGACUACUAUAUACUGUUUGCAAAAGGGACAGUCUCAGGAGGAACCAAAAAUCAGCAUACAUUUACCGACAAAACUAAUGUAUUGGUGGACUUUCAGUCAACACAGGAUCUUGCUGGAGGUGUGGCGGUGAUAAAACCUUUCACGUCAAUAUUGAUCAUGUUAAGCGUCUCUCAAAUUGUACUGUUUUCCAUGUAAAUACUAUCAACAAAUAUAAUUACAUCUGAUUGAUAACGAA